AUGACUUCCACCUCUAACAGUGAACCCACAUUGUCUGUCAACACGAGCAUACCACAGCCCGCAACAACUACAAUUCCGGCUACAAGCGUUAUAAGUCCUUCCUCGCCUGCUCCUGGACCGACAUUAUCUACUGUCAGUUUAACUCAGGCUGCCCCUCUUCCUCGUAGACAUUCAAUUUAUGGAACUGGAGAAGACAGAAUAGUCUUAGAUAUUGGAAGUUUAUACAUAAAAGCUGGCUUUAGUGGUGAAUCAAGGCCACGACAUGUUGUGCCAAUUUUCGCGGGAAAUAUGAAGGCACACUGGGAGCCAGAUUUAACAGGAAGUGGUGGGUCACGAAGAGAUUGCGGUGAAGGCUGCCGUAUUGUUGGAGGAUUUUCUGAAUUGUUUGAUUUGAGCAUUGGAAGAACUUCGGAAGAAUUAGAGUCACUCUAUGAUCGAAUGGCACAUUAUCUACACGAUAUUUAUUUUAGAUACCUCUUGACUGAUCCCAAACAACGUAAAGUGAUACUUUGCGAAUCGCCUAUGAUGCCGUUGAAAUUGAAACAGCUAAUUGCAAAAGUACUCUUUGAAAAUCUACAGGUCCCUUCAAUAUCGUUUGCUCCGUCUCAUAUGUUGGCUUUACUUACCACUGGAUGCACUACGGGAUUAGUAGUUGAUUGUGGUCAUUUAGAGACGACUGUUAUGCCAACAUUUAGUGCAAGACCAUUAAAUCCUUUUAUCAGGACUACUCCGCUAGCAGGUCGUGCUCUUACUCAAACACUUAAAGAGCUUAUUACCAAAUAUGGGAAGAUAAUUGUUCCCCCAUCUACCGAUCGACAACCUAUCCCCUCUAAAUAUCUAACACCAACCGUCCUUGAAGAUAUAAAAACUCGAUUUCUUUUCGUUGGACCCAUGGUAAUAUCUUCUGAAUUGGUUUCCGGUGCAGAAAAAACGCUCGAAGAGGAUUACGAGAAAAAAUAUGCAAAAAUUAGUACAGCUACCGAGAUUCAUUAUCCAAUCACGUUAAGUAAGCAUGGCAGAGAAAGACAAAUGGGAACACUUGUAUUGCCAGGUUGGAUAAGAGAGCGAGCAGCUGAAGUGUUGUUUGAAGGAGAUGAAGAUCAAUCAAGUAUUGUAGGGUGUUUAUUGGAAUGCCUAUUAAAGACACCAAUACAUCUUCGUCAACCCCUUGCUGCUUCUAUACUGUUGAUUGGAGGAACUACUCUUUUACCAAAUUUCCAGACUAGAUUAUAUCAAGAAAUAAUUCUUGCGUUAAACACCGAUAGGCGAUUCAAGAAUUUGAAUGGACUUAGAGAUCAUAUCGCAUUUUUAGAAGAAAAAAGCAGCGGUAAAGUUUUUGUUGCUAAUUGUCGUGCUUGGGUUGGUGGCUCGUUAAUAGGAUCUCUAAAAUCGACUGUAGUUGAAAUAGCUAGAGAAAAAUAUUCGGGCAAGGUCCCCGAUUGGACUACUGAGAGUAUAACUAGAUCUGUAUAA